AUGUUGGUGUUCUGCGGUAUUGCAAAUCCACUUCGGUUGUGGGAUAAAUAUCGGCAUCUGUCCGAAGACUUCCUAAGAGCUCCGAGAUGCACUACUGGAGAUAAUACUGAGGCAACUGAUGAGCGCGUUCUAAACAGUUCCCUUAGUUCACUUCAAGACAUGGCCAUUUCGAUCGGCGGCAGUUCUCUGGUGGAUUAUGGGCUACUGACUCCACAACAUCUGGAUGUACAAGAGCGUGGAAACAGAGAGUACAACUCUGAAAUAAAUUAUGAUCCAAGAGCUAUGAGUACCAUGUCUGAGCAGUUAUCAGCAUGUUCUAUCAAUAAUAAUCAAGCGGUCGAAAAUGAUGAGAAUAUUUGGAGUGUGCGGCACCGGAUGGAUUCAAGGAAAGGAUAUCGCGGCGGCGCAGCUGGCGUAAGCGGGGACGCGCGAAGAGGCGGGCGCGGCGUGCGCGGCGGAGCAACCCGCCCGGCUCGGCGCCUGUCGCCGCGCGCUCGCGGCGAACGUUCCUCCACGGGUUUGAUGCCUUGGAUGAAGCAAUGUGGGCAUUGUGGCAGUGUACAUAAUAAGUCAAAUGUCCCGAUGGCAAACAGUGUCUAA